UAAGACCUUCUCGACCAAUGAGCAUGCUAUGUAAAUCAAUAUGGUGCCUUUAUGCUAGAUGUUCAUUGGUCAAAACGGUCUUAUGCUAUGCAUAUGCAGUUAUGUCAUUUUGUGUGUGAUGGCCUUCAGUUGGAAGUAGUUGGAAGCCAAGAUGGCUGAAGGAUGACAACAUACAGUUGUGGGUACUUGGCGAAAACGGCUGGUAUUUUGGAGGGAAAAUGUCUCACGUGCAGUAUGUGGAUGAAUUGGUCAAGGAUUAUUUGAUCUUCAGGGGUUUAACUCAGACACUGAAAGUCUUCGACAAUGACUUGAAGGCGGAUAAGGAAAAGGGAUUUAGGGUAGAUAAAAUGGUUGAUCAAUUAGUCCAAUACAUACACAAUUAUGAUUUGACCUCAUUGAGAGAACUAUGGGGACACUUCGAUACUAGAAUAUUUAGUCGAUUAGACAGUUGUUUUACUCUUGCAAUCAGGAAAUUAGAGAACUCUGUGUUAAAAAUGUAUUUGGUGAAUGCAUCCAUGAAUGGCAAGCAAGAUAGGAUUCUGGAAUUUUUUACUAAAAUGGCGCCGGAAUUGCAGGGCCACUCAGAAUGGAAAGAAUGGUUUGCACUCCCCUUUAUUAAAAAUCCUGAAGACAAUCCAACUUAUUCCGUUUAUUUUAGUAAGCAGUGGCACGAUACUAUAUUGAUGUCCUUACAUAAUUUCCUAGCAACAAUUUUUCAAUGUAUGCCAGUGCCGACAUUACUCACGAUGGACGAGGACACAAAUAAGUUAAAACGAUUACAAGAGGAGAAUGAAAUGCUAAAGCAACGGUUAUGCGAAUCUGUUAGGAUAGAAAAUGUAUUGGAUGUAAAUCCGGGCCCAACACCUCAACAUCCCCCAAUUAUGGACGAUUUUUACAUUAUUGCUCAAGAAUCGCCAUUACUGGAAAAUCCUAAGACCCUGAGGAAUCUCAUAAGAAACAUAGGCGGCGGGUCCAGUCCAAUUUUAAGUAGAAAAUCUGCAACAAACGCAAAAAGAGUUGCGGAAUCUGAAACGAUCUCGACGAAGCGGACAAACGUGAAAGGACGGAUGAAUUCGGUCAGCAAGUCUGAGGCAGUCUCCGCCAAGAGGAGCAUCAGCUGUGAUUCAAGAUUAAGUAGUUCUAGGAAAAGAGACUCUUCUAUAGAUACUACUGUCGAGAGGAAAACUAAGGAAAAGAUGGACUCCAGUUAUAUCCUUCUAAGUCAGGAGGAAUAUACCGAGCAUAAAACCUCCAUAAUUCAAUGUAAGAGUAACAGUAGUGGAUCCUACGUCGCGACGGGAGACGCCGACGGUAUCAUCAAAAUAUGGACACCGAUUCCUUCACCACAGACUGUUAGGACAUUCACUUCCGGCACGACAAAUUCCAAUAAAGCUAUUACUUCGUUGGACUGGGUAUCAAAAAACGAACGCUAUUUUUUGCACGGCGACAGCAACGGUUUGAUCCAGCUGAACGACACUCGAGACUGCAAGACACUCUGGGAUAUCCAGCACGAGAAUUCGCGAAUCGUCAAUUUGCUUUGCAAUCCAAUGGAAUCGACGUUCAUUUGUUCCGUGUCGGAUGCCAACGAGGGCAAACUAUUACUAUACGACAUUAAAACGAAAAAACUUGAAAGAACAUUGCCGCUGGAUGAGUGUGCCACCGUUUUAUGUUCCACGUUUAAUCAUAACGGCCAAUUACUUAUCGCAGGACUGUCUAAUGGUAAUACAUUGGUAUAUGAUCUGAGGCGAUACGAGGUAUUAGACAUUUCCGACUGGCACUCUAGCCCGAUAAUCGAUAUAGAGUUAACAAACGACUUUACAAACUUAUGUACGCAAAGCGAAGACGGUAAUUUAAUCAAAAGAAACCUGAAUCACCCGAAAAAUGUAGUGUGGGAGACCAAAAUUGACAUCGAGAAAAACCCUGUUCACGGAAAACUGUUCACUUUUGAUCAGAGCGGAAAUUAUAUGCUACUCUGCACUCAGGCGGGAGGAAAAAUAUAUAAGGUGCCACCAGGCUCACAAGGAAAGAGUUUGGAGUUAGGUGGACACAAGGGUACUUUGUGUUGCGACUGGUCGAGUGCCAAUCAAUCGGGAAUUUGCAUAACCGGGGGUGCGGAAGGAAAAGUGCGAGUCUCGACGCUACUCUCACCAUGAUAUAAAAACAAGAUUAGCAUUUGUGUAAAUUCCUAAAACGGAUAGUUGCUAAUGAUAUUAAUGAAAGAUCUUGUAGAUAUUAUCUUAUUCACUGUAUGAAACUCGCAAAGUAUUGAUAAUUUGUGUAAAAGAAAAAGAAAUCCAAAUAUUUUAUGGUAAAUACAAUGAAUGCCAACGUA